AUGGCGACGGCCGCUCUGAAGAGAUUUUGGUCCCGAAACCGUGAAGAGUCUGGUGUUCCAGCGGCCGCGAAGCCAGGCGUGUGGACGCGGUUGGGUUCCUGGGCCCGCGUGCUGCUCCGAGACUACGCCGAGGCCUGCGGGGACGCGGCGGCGGCGGCGCGGGCUCGGCCCUGGCGGGCGGCCGUGUACGCGGGGCUGCUGGGCGGCGCGGCGGCCUCCUGCGCGCUGGCGCCGAGCGAGGCGGCCUUCGAGGAGGCGCUGCUCGACGCGUCGGGAACCCUCCUGCUGCUGGCCCCGGCCACGCGCAACCGCGCCUCCGAGGACUACGUGCAGCGGCUGCUCUGGCUGCGGGGGCGCGGCCGCCUCCGCCACGUGAACCUGGGCCCCUGCGCGCUCGUGUACGAGGCGCCCGUCGACGCCGAGGCCAGCCUCUACCAGGCCCGCUGCCGCUACCUGCAGCCCCGCUGGGUCGACUUCCCGGACCGGAUCCUGGACGUGGGCUUCGUGGGCCGCUGGUGGGUGCUGGCGGCCCGGAUGCGCGACUGCGACAUCAACGACGAGGAGUUCCGACACCUGCCGGCCCAUCUGCGCGUCGUCGGGCCGCAUCAGCUGCUUUCCGAGACCAACGAGCGCCUCUUUGAUGAGAAGUACAAGCCUGUCGUGCUCACGGACGAUCAGGUGGACCAGGCGCUGUGGGAGGAGCAGGUCUUGCAGAAGGAGAAGAAGGACAAGCUCGCCCUGAGCCAGGCCGACUCCCUGGUGCGGUCGGAAGUCCCUAGAUGAGACCCAGGCCUGGGUCGGGAUCAGGCCCCGAGCCCUGGCGGACCGUCUGCCCGGGAUGGCGCAGUGGGUGUGAGCGAGCCUCAAAUGCAGAGUGACUUAAAUAAAUUAUGUACAGAGUGUUCUUUCCCUGGGUUUUCACAGCCUUUUUGGCCACUCUCCCUCUCCUCUCGUUCCUUGUUAGCUGAAGCUAAUUCAGAAUGAGUUUGGUCUAGGACUAGGUCUUUGUUGGUCUAGGAGUUGGGGGAGAGCAAAAGCGACAAGACCAGGUAAUGUUUAUCACUGCCAGAGUUAGUAAUGAGCCUCACGUACACACAUAAGCCUUUUUCUUUGAGCCUCAUAGUCUCUAGACCAAGGUUAAUUAUAUUUGUCAGGUGACUCCAAAGCUCUCCUAAGACCAUUCAGAUGUUCAUUUUAAAUUUGGAGUUGAAGUUUAUCCUCUUUCAUUUUCAUGAGUAGCAUUUUUAGUGAUUUUGAAGUAAAGUUAAAAAACAGCUCCAGGGGUACCUGGGUGGCUUAGUUGGUGAGGCGUCUGCCUU